AUGGUCCGAAGUAAACCCAGUCCAGUGAAUGGCAACAAGCACGACAGUUCUCUCCAACAAUACAAUGAUACUGAUGGCCAUUUCUCCCUAGUCAGAAACUUCCGUCUAGCUGAUCUUGUUACCAUUAUGAACGGUGUCUGCGGCUCUUUCUCAAUAUUUUCAUCUGCGCAGUAUUUAUUGACGAACGAUGAUGAUUACUUGUUGUGGGCACUUGCUCUCCCACUGGCCGGAUUGAUGUUUGACUUCAUGGACGGUAAAGUUGCGAGGUGGAGAAAAUCAUCCAGUAUGCUGGGCCAAGAACUCGACAGUCUUGCAGAUCUGGUAUCAUUUGGUGUUGCACCAGCUGUGGUUGCUUUUGCUGUGGGCCUUCGGACAUACCUUGACACCGUAUGUUUGACUGGUUUCAUAUGUUGUGGUCUUGCUCGUCUCGCCCGCUUUAACGCGACUGUUGCGAUCAUACCUAAGGAUGCAGCAGGCAAGUCCAGGUACUUUGAGGGCCUUCCAAUCCCUUCGUCUCUCGGACUCGUCGCGAUUUUGUCAUACUGGGUUCGACGAGGUUGGGUUGAGGGCAAACAGGGGAUACCAGGAGGUCUCAUUACGUUGUGGGGAACACCAGGUGGCCGUGGGGAUAUCCAUCCUGUCAGUGUUAUUUUCGGUUUAUGGGCAGCCGCGAUGGUCAGCAAAACCCUUCGAGUCCCAAAGUUGUAA